AAUCGUUGUAGUCGAUAUUGUCGAUAUGAGCUAAUACGAACACGAAGGACUCGCUGGGGAGCGGUUUGAGAGGAACUCUUCUGUUACUCGCCGAGACUCAUAUCAUCACCAGAACUACCUGACGACCGGGACAAGACCUAAAUCGAUUUUGCAUAGCGAUUCCUUGACCUUAGUCUAGACCUCACACAUCUGCUGUGUACGGUCAUCACCUUUGCCCAGCUCCCACACCGUCUCGACGUCAUCCGAUCGUCAAUGGCAUUCUUCCACAAUCCACCUACGAAGCUGGCCGACUGAUCCUAAACGCCUAGCCAUGCGUCGACUCACACCGACCCAGUCAUUCAACACCACCAUCAAGACAUGGCUGGUACACCGACCAUCUUUCUGGGUCUCCGUCUUUUGUCAACUAUGCCUUGGAGUGGCCGUAGCGGCGUUCGUCUCGACGUUCGCUCAACAAGCUUUCAAAGGGGUGGCUAAGCGAUGGAAUAUCGUGAUCAUCGUCGGGUUGACUGUCGGGGUGCUGGUAUGCUCGGUCGUUCUCAUCCUCGGAAGGCUAUACCACGUCCGGAGGGUGUUCCAAUCGAUUCCCAAACCAUAUAUCCCGAUCAAAGCUAUCGAUGUCCCGAAUGUCGUAGCGAAACAUAUCAUGACGGAAUAUAACCGGACAGCGGUCAUCGCACAUCUUUCUCAGCCUACCUCGACACAUCAAGAAGGAUGGGGACAGCCCGAGACUCAAUUUGGAGGGAUCUAUUUCAGGGAACGCAUAAGGGCCAUGUAUACCGUCAUUCUCGAAAGUCUAGACUCCCUGACCCCUACUUCCAACAAGCCUUCCCACAGGGAUCGCAGACUACCGAAAGAUUCCUUCACCCACCUGACAGCACAUCCAGCACUCCCGGAGACCGUCAAGCCGCUUCUGAAAGUGUUUUUGAAACAACUCGAGGCGGCGAGGUAUGCGAGGAGCGAGCCGAACGAGAAGGAAUUUGAGAAUUGUAUGAAGGUUGUGGCUUUGAUGUUGGGCAUAUUCGAUGUACAGCGGGCCAAGUCGGGGCAGCCGUACACGCCGAGCUAAGUAUGAACGGGAUUCUACCUGGUUGUAUGUCACUAGUUUGCAUUUGUAGACAAUACGAAAGAAUCGAUCGCACUUGUAGGAGCUGCAUUUCUGAUUUUAGAUCAAAGACAAGCAGUGCUGAGGA